AUGUGCACAUUGUUCUCCAUCGUAAAGCUUCUGCGCGGCGAUCUUUUCAGUACGUUUGCGCUGGUAGUAUCACAUUUGCGCCGUCAGAAUCUUGUCGUUAUAUUUUUUCAGCGUCUGGCAGACAAGAGCGGAGUAAUAGUUCGCUUACUUUACACGGGGACAAGGAUUAAUCUGAGCGAGCUUCAAAGUCUGAGCGAUAUGUCUCAAAAUCGGUCUUAUUUUGGAAGUUCUGAAACAAGCGCUAAAACUAACGCGUUCAUACUGCCAUCACCCGGUGAAGAAUCAGGCGCGGAGCGCAUAAUGGUUUAUACGCUCACCACCAAGUGA